AUCUCUUGUUGGGUGGGAAAAUUGCACUCCUCGUUGCGUUCACUCGCGCAGUAAGCUUCUAGCCAGAAACAUCUCGUUGCCGGUGGUCGGGUGUCGAGUGAGGAAAAUUCAACAGUGCGUGUGAGCGUGUGUGUGUGUCCCGUGGAAAGGAAAAGGAGCAAAGCUCGAGUCGUUUGGAAAUAACCGACGAAACAUACCAAGAGUCGAAAAUGUUCUCCGCGCUGUUGGACGCCGCCCGCAACUCCCCCUUCAAGACGCCCUUCUCGCGGGCGUCCUGCGAUGCCGCGACUCCCGCCGACGGCAGCUCCACCAAGCAGCUAGUGGCCGGUCGCUCGCUGGCCGCCGCUGCCUCCGAUGAGGUCGAGUUCGGAUCGACCAAGUUCUUCCUGCUGUGCGGCCUCGGCGGUAUCAUCUCGUGCGGAUCCACGCACACCUUCGUCGUGCCGCUCGAUCUGGUCAAGUGCCGGCUGCAGGUCGACCAGGCCAAGUACAAGAACCUGUUCCACGGCUUCAAGAUUUCGGUGGCGGAGGAGGGCGCCAAGGGUCUGGUCAAGGGAUGGGCCCCGACCUUCUUCGGCUACUCGGCACAGGGUGCCUUCAAGUUCGGCCUGUACGAGGUGUUCAAGGUGCAGUACGCCAACAUGCUGGGCGAGGAGAAUGCCUACCUGUACCGCACGUGGUUGUACCUGGCCGCGUCCGCUUCGGCCGAGUUCUUCGCCGAUAUUGCGCUGUCUCCGAUGGAGGCCGCCAAGGUCAAGAUCCAGACCAUGCCCGGAUUCGCUGGAACACUGCGCGAGGCCUUCCCCAAGAUGAUGGGCGAUGAGGGUAUUAUGGCGUUCUACAAGGGUCUGGUUCCGCUGUGGUGUCGCCAGAUUCCGUACACCAUGAUGAAGUUCGCCUGCUUUGAGAAGACUGUCGAGCUGCUCUACGCUUAUGUUGUGCCGAAGCCUCGCGAUCAGUGCUCCAAGGGUGAGCAGCUGCUGGUAACCUUCGCCGCCGGUUACAUUGCCGGAGUGUUCUGCGCCAUCGUGUCCCACCCGGCCGAUGUGGUCGUGUCCAAGCUGAACCAGGCCAAGGGAUCCAGUGCGCUCGAUGUGGCCAAGCAGCUCGGCUUCAUGGGCAUGUGGAACGGUCUGAUGCCCCGUAUUAUCAUGAUCGGUACGCUGACUGCCCUGCAGUGGUUCAUCUACGACGGCGUGAAGGUCGCCCUGAACAUCCCGCGCCCACCCCCGCCAGAGAUGCCCGAGUCGCUCAAGAAGAAGCUGGGAGUGCAGUAAUGCGAACCCCCUAGGUUAGCUUCUUCUAAUCCUGUCUCAGUUUACAUAUUCAUCUGAAAAAAAUGCAUACAGUUUAUUUAUAAGUGAAACCAAAAUUCUCAAAAUAAAAA